AUGGGCGGCCCUUCCAUCAUCCAGGAGCAGCGUGAUCUCUUGCUCAGCACCAUCAAGAACAUCACACGAGGCGACCUGACGGGUAGAUUUCAGAUCCUCGGUGUCUGUGUGACGCUCGGGGAAUACCCCAGAGUUCGGUACUACAAACCCGCGAAUGCCAUGCACGAGGCCAGCGUUCUGUGUGAGCAUCUUGCGCGCAUGGUGCAGGAGGAGCUCGACACGUAUGCGAACUGGAACCAAGACUACCCGCCACAGACGAACAGGCCGGCGAGCACCCUCAUCAUCACAGACCGGUCCAUGGACAUCACAGCGCCUCUCGUGCACGAGUUCACCUACCAAGCCAUGGCGCACGACUUGCUGCCCAUCCGCGAGGGCGAGAAGAUCAUGUACCACACCGUCACCGACAAGGGCACGCCCGACGAGGCCGAGAUUGACUACGAGAUUACAGACAAGGACAAGGUCUGGACAGACUAUCGGCAUCAGCAUAUGAAAGACACCAUUGGGCGGAUGACGGUCGACUUUAAAAAGUUCCUCGAGGCGAACCCUGCCUUUGUCAACGAGCAGACGGGCCCUGGCAGCGUCAACAACUUGCGCGACAUGCUGGGCGGCAUGAAAGAGUUCGCCGCGCAGAAGGAAUCAUUCUCGCUGCAUAUGAGCAUGGCGCAGGAUGCUAUGAACCUUUUCGAACAGUACAAGCUCCCCGACGUGGCUUCUGUGGAGCAGAGCCUGGCGACAGGCAUGGACGAGGACAACCGGCGGCCGAAGAACAUACUCGAGUCUGUCGUGCGAUUGUUGGAUGACCAGGCCAUCACACCGAGCGAUCGACUGCGACUCAUCAUACUGUACAUCCUCUACCGCGAAGGUGUCAUUGAGAACGAUAUUUUUCUGCUGCUCGAGCAUGCCAAGCUGCCCAAGGACGAAGCCGUUGUCGUGAAAAACCUUGCCCACCUGGGCGGCCGCGUUUUGCACAAUCUAAAGGAGGCCCGCCGUGCGCAUCCGCCCGCGUUCCCCAAGAACACAAAGCCGCCCGAGGUCAACGAGGAAUACGCCCUGUCUCGCUUCGAGCCCGCCCUGCAGUCAGUCCUAGAAGACGUCGUCCGUGGCACUCUCAGCAGCGACUUGUUCCCAUACAUGAAGCCGCCCAUGGACCCCAACGAAGACCUCAUCGCCGCGCAGCAGGGCUCGCUGCGUGCCGGCCGUCCCAACUGGGCCGCGUCUGGCCGGAAAGCCCCCGAAAACCGACAACGUGUGAUCGUCUUCCUUGCGGGCGGCGCCACCUUCAGCGAGAGCCGCGUGUGCUACGACAUUGGCGCAGCGCGGUCGAGGGACAUCUUCCUGGCGACAUCACACAUGCUGAGCCCCAACCUAUUCAUCCGUCAGCUCCGCGACCUCGACAAGGGCCGCGGCCGCCUCGACCUCCCCGCCGACAGGCCCAAGCCCCGCGCCCCCGACUGGAUCCACGAGCGUCCCGCGCUGCACCCCAGCUGCAGCAGCAGCAGCAGCAGAUGGCGCGGCGCCUGGCCCCCGCGGCCCUCCGUCCGCGCAGCCAGGCGCCGCAGCGCAGCAUGGCCGCAGACCGCCUCCGCCCGCCGGGGGCCUGCCCGGCCGACCGCAGGCGCCGCCCACGGCGCAGAUGAGCAACAUGUCGCUCGGCGGCCCCGCGCGCCCGCCGCAGCACAUGGCCAGCCCCAGCAGCGGCAGCCGCCCGUCGCCAUCAGCAUCGCCGGCGCCCGUCCCUGCCGGCAAGCCGGAGAAGGAGAAGAAGAAGCGCAACUUCCUGGGCAUGAAGAAGUCGUCCAAAGACUAGAACGCCGUCGGCGACAGAGAGGGCCCCCCCGGUAG